ACUACCUACACCAGCUGUGCGCACUCAUCAUGGAGAAGAUCCUUGUCCUUCUGCUCGUCACCCUCGCUGUGGCCUACGCGGUGCCCGACCCCCGGGGAAUCAUUAUCCACCUGGAAGAGGGCGAGCUCUGCUUAAACAGCGCCCAGUGCAAGAGCAAGUGCUGCCACCGGACAAGCGGGCUGAGCCUGGCCCGCUGCGCACCCAAGGCCAGCGAGAACAGCGAGUGCUCUGCCAAGUCACUCUAUGGGGUUUACUACAAGUGUCCCUGUGAGCGGGGCUUGACCUGCGAGGCUGACAAAUCCAUCGUGGGCUCCAUCACCAACACAAACUUUGGCAUCUGCCUUGAUCCUAAAGGCACCAAGGAGUGAAACCAACCACCCGCCCUGCCCCCAGCCCAGGAUAGCUCCUGACCACCUCUGCCCGCCGGCCUCCCCUUGACCGGCACCUCUGUUCCUGGUUGGGUUCUUGACAA